AUGGAGGGAGGUGCUGGGAGCGGGAGCGUUGGAGGGAAGCGUGGAUCUGGCUGUGGCACGGAGGAUCAGAUGGGCCUUGAGACCCCAUCACAGACGUCAGGACGAGCAGGAGCUGAAGGCCAGGACGAGGGCGCUGGUGGGCGAGGGGAGGCCGAGGGAGGGUAUGGAAAAUCAGGGCAGGGCAGGCUCAGGGUAGGGCAUAAAGCCGAUGGACAGCCAAAUCACACACACACAGCACUUCGAAACACCACCGCCAAAACUCGGCAGCAGCUGUCUGGUGGAGCUUCUUGCAGAUUCAGACAUAGACUCAGACUCAUAGUGGCCGUCAGUCACAGCAACAGCACGGGUCUUGCUGCAAACGUACUCUGUCCGGAGAAGCCCUAG